AUCACAUCAAUCUUUCAAAUUAUAUAAUGAAUAGCUCUUGUAGACUCUAAGUAAAUAUCUUUUGUUGGCUUAUUGCAUCUGCCAAAUCAAACAAAAUGGAAAUACCAUAAUCAAUUCUACAUGGCUUUGGCCAUUCUAUAUUUCUUAUAUUCAUUUCUGAUCUCUGAUUUUUGAAGCUUCUCUUCUCUAAAACAGGCUCCAUGCAUGCACUAAUUGUUUAGUGAUUUCCAUGGUAAUAGUUGAAAUGAGGCAAAAGGAUUGUUACAGAAAGAAAGGUUGGGGUGAAUUGAGAGGGAAAGUGGUGGUUGUUGCAGUUGAAGCAACCAAAGAACAAGUUUCAAGGAGUGGUUUGAUGUGGGCUUUGACUAAUGUUGUUCAACCAGGAGAUUCUAUUAAGCUUCUGGGUGUCAUUCCGGUUUUCUGCUCAAACAUCAGGGCACUGGGUCUCUCUGGGCUUGCUUUUGCUACAGAUUGUAUCACUACUCAGUGGAGAUCCCGUUUAGGAACUGUCUCAGAUCAAAGACAAGUUUUUGUGAAUUCAUGUUCUCAAAUGGUGCUUCAACUUCAUCAGUUUUAUGAUCCAGAGAAGAUAAAGAUCAGAAUCAAAAUUCUUUCUGGUUCUUUUUGUGGAGCAGUGGCUGCUGAAGCCAAGAGAGCCAAAUCAAGCUGGGUAAUAUUGGACAGAAAAUUGAAAAAUGAAAAGAAAUACUGCAUGGAGGGGCUCAAUUGCAGUGUUGUAGUCAUGGAGCGAUCUGGGCCAAACGUUCUGCGAUUGAAUUUGAUCCUUUCAACAGCUAUGGAGCACAAUGCAUUUCCAAGAAACUUCAAAGGCAAGUCUGAACACGAAGAUACAAUUAAGGGUCCAAUUGUUACUCCUGCAAGUAGUGUAAAACAAGGGUCAAAGACUGCUAGUAUCACUGGAACACCAUUACCCUUUUCUCAGAACGAGGUGAAAAAUCUGGAGGAACCUGUAUCCAAUUCAGAGAGUGAAAUUAUUAUGAGUUUGUCAUCCUGCGGCUCAUAUUUUCAGCCAUGGAUUUCAAAUGCAAUUUGUGCUGAUGACGAUUUUUCAAAAAACAUUAACAUCAACCAGGUUCUGGUUUCUCCCACAGAAGCAUUGGAUCAUGAAGCUGUCUUAGGAGUGCUUAAUUGUAAAAUUGAUGUGAACAUAAGUAGAAGUGUUAGAGAAGCAAUUUCUCUAGGCCCAAAUGCCACUACUGCAUCUCCUCCAUUGUGCUCUAUUUGUCAGCAUAAGGCACCUUUGUUUGGGAACCCUCCAAGAUGGUUUACGUUUGCUGAACUGAAACUUGCCACUGCUGGAUUUUCACAGGAAAAUUUUUUGGCAGAAAGUGAGGUUGGUUCUGUACACCGUGGAGUCCUAUCUGAUGGCCAAAAUGUUGCUAUCAAGCAGUAUAAAUUAGCUGGUACUCAAGGUGAUGAAGAAUUUUGGUCAGAAGUUGAGGUCUUAAGCUGCACACAACAUCGUAAUGUUGUGAUGCUGAUUGGGUUUUGCAUGGAAUAUGGAAGAAAAAUUCUGGUUUAUGAAUAUAUCUGCAAUGGAUCUCUAUAUUCUCAUCUUCAUGAAAAGAAUGAAAAUGUAUUGAAUUGGUCUGCACGCAAGAAAAUUGCUCUGGGAGUAGCUCGUGGGUUGAGGUACCUUCAUGAAGAGUGUAGAGUGGGUUGUAUUGUGCACAGCGACAUUAGACCCUGCAAUAUCUUCCUUACUCAUGACUUUGAUGCAUUAGUGGGAAAUUUUGGGCUUAUGAAAUGUCAUACCAAUGGAGAAAUAAGGGUUGUGGAAAGCACGGUGAUGGGAAGACUCGGGUAUUUGGCUCCAGAAUAUACUGAAAAUGGUGAAAUCACUGAAAAAACUGAUGUUUACUCAUUCGGGGUGCUAUUACUGGAGCUUCUUACUGGAUGCAAAGCUUUGGAUAGAAACCAGCAAUGCCUCCAUGAAUGGGGUUUGGUUGAGCGAGGUGACAUUGAUGAAGUUGUGGACCCAAGAAUAAGAAACUGCAGCAUUAAUGAAGAACUUCGUCGCAUGCUGCAAUGUUCCAUUUUAUGCAUCCAACACGGUCCUCAUUUAAGGCCAUCAAUGUCUCAGGUACUCCAGAUGUUAGAAGGUUAUGUUUUGAAAAGUCCAAAAGAAUGAAGAAGAAUUGAGAAAGUUUAAGGUGAAGCUGUGUGGUGGAUCGUGAUGAAGUCGAAACAUGGAUUUUGAUGAAGUUAUUCAUAUUGUUCUUAAUAAUCAACGAACUUGAAUUUUGACUUUUAUUGUCUUUUAUAAACAAUUCAUUUUCUUAGUGCUUUUAUUUGUUUGCCAAUGAAUUGAAG